GCUGCUUACUUAGUUGGUAUUUCUGACCCUGCCUCUGAACCUGGACGUCCAGGUGUUGUUGACCAAACUCAGUUUGCUCGUGCUAAUCAAGCUAUACAGAUGGCUUGUCAGAAUCUGACAAAUCCAGCAAGCUCACAACAGCAGGGUAGCAACACAAAAGCUCAGUAUUAUGCUUCAUGGAAUUUGCGUUCUAUGGUGUUGUCUGCUGCCACUGUGGUUGCUAAACAUACUUCAUCUCUCUGCAACUCAUGUCGGUUAGCAUCUUCUAAAACAGCAAACCCUGUAGCCAAAAGACAUUUUGUUCAAAGUGCUAAAGAUGUUGCUAACAGUACAGCCAGUUUAGUCAAAGCUAUCAAGGCACUAGACAGUGAUUUUACUGAAGAGAACAGGCAAAAGUGUGCCGAGGCUGCACGUCCCCUAAUUAGUGCAGUUGAUGAACUCACAACCUUUGCAUCAUCUCCUGAAUUUGCUAGUAAAUCAGCUAAGAUUAGCAUGCAGGCCAGAUCAGCUCAAGAACCAAUCACCCGAGCUGGCAAAGAUAUGAUAAAUGGAGCAUGUGGGAUGUUAGAAGCAGCCAAGCAACUAGCUGUCCAUCCAAAAGAUCCUGCAAUCUACCAGAUCUACUCUUAUCAUUCUAAAAACAUUUCUGAUGCAAUAAAAUCUCUUGUUUCCUCGAUAAAGGAUAUGGCGCCGGGUCAGCAUCAAUGUGACAAUGCUAUUGAACACCUGAAUAUGGUCAUACGUGACUUGGACCAGGCCUCACUUGCAGCGAUCAGCCAGAAUCUUAAACCUCAAGAUGAAAAAUCUUUAAAAGCAUACCAGGAGCAAAUGAUCAACAGCGCAAGAGAAAUCUUAGAUAGGAUAGACUUUAUUAGGCAAGCUGCCAAGGAAGAACCACAAAACUUGGGACAUUUGAUUUCUACUGUAUCUUCAUAUUUUGAACCACUAACAAGAUCAGCCAUAGGCACUGCCAGCAAAACUGUUAACUCCAAACAGCAAAUGAAUAUUCUUGAUCUUACUAAAACAGUAGCAGAAUCAGCAUUACAAUUUAUGUAUGCUUGUAAAGAAGGAGGAGGCAAUCCAAAGGCUACCCAUGCUCACCAUGCCAUUGACAGUGCAGCGGAUGACAUGAAAGAUGUUCUUCAAGAUCUACUUCAGACAAUGGAAGAAGCAGCUUCACAGUCUGGUGUUGUCAACAGUAUGAUAGACACUAUUACUAAAUCUAUUGCAAAAACAGAUGAGCGACAGAUUGAUAGAAUGUCUAUCAUUGAAAGUCUUUCAUUUGUUGAUCACCAAACAAAUAUGGUUAGAUUAGCCAAACAGAUUGCGCGAACAGCACAAGAUAUGAUCGGCAAAUCAACAACAAAUGUAGGGCAGCUGGGUGUCUUAGCCAAUCAGCUUACUCGAGACUUUGCUGCAUUAGCAAAUGAUUCUUUGGGUGCAACACAAGCAUCUAAUAACACAGAAAUUGGAAAUAGAAUUCGAUCAACAGUUCAAGAUCUUGGCAAAUCUUGUGUGGAAUUAGUGCAAGAUGCUGGAAAUCUCCAAGGCAAUCCAACUGACCAAUACUCAAUAAAAGAGCUCAGUGAUCAUGCUAGGAGUGUUCAAGAAAAAGUUUCCUAUGUUCUGGCAGCCUUACAAGCAGGUGCCAGGGGUACUCAGGCAUGUAUUAAUGCAGCCAGCACUGUAAGUGGUAUUAUUGGAGAUCUGGACACAACUAUUAUGUUUGCUUCAGCUGGAACUCUGAAUGAUGAAGGUUCUGAGUCUUUUGCUGAUCAAAGGGAAAAUAUUUUAAAAACAGCAAAAGCACUUGUUGAAGAUACAAAAACUCUGGUUGCUGGAGCAGCUUCUAACCAGGAACAACUUGCAGCAGCUGCACAGUGUGCUGUUAAGACCAUCACAAGAUUGGCUGAUGUUGUCAAGCUAGGAGCUGCGUCUCUUGGCUCUGAACAACCAGAAGCCCAGGUUUUACUUAUUAAUGCUGUUAAAGAUGUAGCAUCAGCUCUAUCAGACCUUAUCAGUGCUACAAAAAAUGCAUCUGGAAAGUCUGUUAAUGAUCCAGCAAUGCUUGCUCUCAAGGAAUCAGCAAAGGUAAUGGUAACAAAUGUCACAUCUUUACUAAAGACUGUGAAAACAGUAGAAGAUGAAGCUGUUCGAGGAACCCGAGCUUUGGAAUCAACAAUUGAAGCAAUUGGACAAGAAAUCAAAGCAUUUGACAGCUCUGAUGAUGUCAUCAGGAAAGCUAGUGCCGAAGACUUAAUAAGAUAUGCUAAGCCAAUCACCACAGCUACAGCAAAAGCUGUGGCAGCAGGCAACUCCGGAAGACAGGAAGAUGUAAUCAGUACAGCUAAUAUGGGUCGAAAAGCUAUCUUUGACUUACUCAGUGUUGUAAAGGGUGCUGCAGCCACUGCUGAGACAUCUGAGAUUAAGAAAAGGGCCAUCAAUGCUGGACGCACUGCUGCUGUGACCUACAAAGAGCUACUUGAGAAUGUACAUCUAGUUGUGAUGAAGCCCACACCAGAAGGCAAACAAACAAUUUCUGUUAUUUCACGGAAAGUAGCAAAUGCUGUCACUGAGCUGGUUCAAUCAGCAGAGGCUAUCAAAGCUCAAAUCAACGUUUGUUCAUUUUUUGUUAGAAAAGCAACAAGUCACACAUUAGAAAUCAGAUGGUCCCAUUGGGUUGCAGGAUCUGACUGGGUGGAUCCUGAUGAUCCAACUGUUAUUGCUGAAAAUGAAUUGCUGACUGCUGCAAGCUCUAUUGAAGCUGCAGCAAAGAAACUUGCCCAAUUAAAGCCCAGGCAGCAAGCUAAGAAAGCUGAUGAAGAUCUUGACUUUGAAGAGCAAAUUUUGGAAGCUGCCAAAUCUAUAGCUGCAGCAACUGCUGCAUUAGUUAAAUCUGCAUCAGCAGCUCAAAGAGAGCUUGUGGCACAGGGUAAAGUUGGUUCAACUUAUACUAGACAUGCUGUUGAUGAAGAUGGUCAGUGGUCACAAGGCCUUAUUUCUGCGGCCAAAAUGGUUGCUGCAGCAACUCAUAGCCUUUGUGAGGCAGCCAAUGCUAUGGUGCAAGGUCACGCCAGUGAAGAAAGAUUGAUUGCUUCAGCUAAAGAGGUAGCUGGAUCAACAGCUCAACUCUUGAUGGCAUGUAAGGUCAAGGCUGACCCAGGAUCAAUGGCAAUGCAGCGGUUACAGUCUGCUGGCAAUGCUGUAAAGAGAGCAACUGAAGCACUAGUGCGUGCAGCUCAACAAGCUAAAGACUACAAUGAUGAUGAAUCUAGUUUAACUGUCAAUAAAAGAAUGGUUGGGGGCAUUGCACAGGAAAUUCAAGCUCAAGAAGAGAUUUUAAGAAAAGAAAAAGAACUUAUUGAUGCCAGAAAGAGAUUGAUGAAAAUUCGACAAGACAGAUAUAAAGAUCGACCUCCUGAAGAUGAUGAUUGAAGUUAAUUUUGCACAACUCUUAAUUUUUUACAAUCUCAGUUAUGCUUAUUUUAAAGUUUUUCUCUCUAAAUAAUUCACUUUGUUUUCAUUACAUUUUUUCAUAUUUUUUUUUUAGUGUAACAUUGUGUUUAUCAUUAAAAAUUGAUACACUUUUUAAACUGUCUGUCAUCACAAAUAGCCAGUAGAAAAUAGUCUUCAAAAUCUGUGCUUUGCAUGGUGACUUUUAGUUUAAAACUAAUUUAAAAAUUAAUAGAAGUUUGUAUAUUUUGCUGAAUUUAACCAUUUUAUACAUCUUAAUAAUCUUGAACAUUAAAAUGAUGUUUAAGAUUGUACUGAUAUUAAGGUAAUUUUGUUUCCAUAUUUGCAAGUAUAGUCCCAUAUUAAGGUGCUAAUUUUAUGCUGUACACUUUACCUGAUGUGAUAUCCCUUAUAGCUGUCACUUUUACUUUGUUAUAAAGGCAUGUUUAUGUAUUAUUUGUUUUUUAAUCUGACAUAAAAUAUCUUGUAAUGUUAAAGUUAGAUGUAUUAUUUCAAUGUUAAAUGCACUUGUUAUAAUGUAACAUAUCUGAAGCAUGUUGCUUUUAAAAUGUGCUUUUGUUUACAAUACUGUAAUAGUUGGUACUUUGCUAACAUUAAAGUAAUUUUAAGUUUUUUUUUUUUUUUUUUGACAACAUUUUUUAAGGUUUUAAUCAAUUUUACUGACCUACAAUUUCACUUAUUAUUGAACAGAAUAAUCUGUAGUCAGUAGUAUAGUUUUUUUUAACAAAACUAUUUAUUUUUUUUUAUUUUGCAGAACAUGCAACUUUAAAGUUGAAGCUUUUCUAAAAAAAAAAAAAAAAACAUUUAAAACUUAAUGGGUCUACAUCUAUAUAUAUAUAUAUAUAUAUUAUUAUAUUCUCUGUUGAUUCAUUUUCCCAUCUUUAAUGAAGGUUUUAUUCUCAUAACAAUGACAUUAUACUGUAGAAAGAGCAUAAUUUUAAAAUUCUAAAUGAAAGGAUAAUAUGAUCAUGAGAGCUACUGGUCAGCAAAGUGGAUCUUAAUCAGGCUACCAGUUACUGUAAAUAGGUGAAGAUGCAUAACGCUUUGCCAAAACGCUGCCUAAUUUGAUACCUAUAUAAAUUUAUAUAUAUAUAUAUAUUUAUUUAUAUAUAUAUAUAUAUAUAUAUAUAUCAGCAUUUUUCCGUAUUUGUGCAAUGUUGACAAUUUAACUCCCAUUGUUGCUUUACUAAAGUGAUAGUUGUUACAUAAACCAAGAGCACAUGACUAUUAAUACUGUUAAGUAGUUUGAUAAAGACAGGAAUAUCAAGACAUUUGUCAUUACUUUGAAAAAUUGAUGCUACCUCUAGAACUAUGCUCUAUGCUUUUGUAAUGCCUUUAGUGAGUGUUUUUGUAGUCAUACCUAGUUUAGCUACCACACAGUGUAGAUUGUCAGUUUUUUUUUUCUAACAUUUUGGAUAACCAGUAUUUGAACAUGAUGAAUGAUAAAAAAAUGAUAUUAAAAUACUUUAAACAUGUAACAUUGCUAAAAAGGUGUAGGCUGGAUAUGAAACAAACACCAUUUUAAAUGCCACCGACAGAGAUCAUUUUGCUUCCUACCCCCUGAUCCACAAUUUUGAACACAUUUUUAUACCUCUAGCUAAAGAUGUACCUACAAAUGACUUGCUUCAGAACUAAAACUAUUUAUUAACUUUAAUAUUUACUGUAUUAUUAUAAUAAUUUAAUAUACACUAUAUACAAUUUGACUGCUCUAAGCCAGACUUAAAUAUAGUCCAUAUCUGCAUUGCUGCAACUAUCAUUAUGUAAUACACUAUUGAAAUAAAAUAACAAUUACU